AUGAACGAGGAGAAGGAAAUUGAACUUCUCUUCAACCAACUUGUGGAGGGAAGAAAUAUUAAUGAACUUGACUCUAGAGAGAUUAAAGGGUUUUUAAAGGCGACUGCUGCUAAGAUGGAUAAAAUUAAUGACAGAAAGAAAAUCCUCAAUCAACAAUAUCAGCCUUCUCAACCUCCAAAUUCUCCCCCCCCCCCCCCCCCCAAUUUCAAGUUCGGGAAUGGAAAUGUUACACCAUCAGCAAGUCCAAUGGAGUAUUUGAUCAAUGACCCGUGGUUUGUUGAGACUAUGGCUACUAACCAAAAUGAUUUAGGCUUAAGAGUUGGAAGCCCUACAGAGCCCGCACCAACUAAAGGCAGUGACAUCAAUGCUAAAGAUGAUGGAAAUUCCAAGGACCUUGAUUGA